CCCGGCAGCCCCAGAGCUGGCGGCCGGGAGGGAGCUACGCUCGCCGAGCUCAGCACCCGGCGCAGCGCGGCCGCAGCAGCGCCGCCUGAAGCACCGGUGCUGCGGGACGGAGCCCGGAGCCUAGAGGCGGCGGCGGCGGGGAAGCCGGCCAGAGACGAGCCCUGUCCUGUCCUGUCCUUCGCACGGCUGGCGGCAGAGCGGAGACCGUUGUCUUGGGACCAUUCAUAAGAAAGAGACGCCUACGCCGUGACAUAUGCCAGUGCCGCCGCCUCCUCCUCCUCCUCCUCCUCCUCCGCUGCCUCCACCUCCCCCACCUCUGGGGGCUCCUCCCCCUCCCCCACCGUCAGCACCCCCGGUAAGUGCAGAUGCUUCCAGCUUGAGAAAGGCAGAUCCCAAAGGUCGGAGUGCACUGUUGGCUGAUAUCCAGCAAGGGACUCGCCUCCGAAAAGUCACACAGAUCAAUGACCGCAGUGCCCCGCAGAUUGAGGGUUCUAAAGGAACCAACAAAGAGGGAGGAGGUCCUGCAAAUUCUCGAGGUGGGAGCACACCUCCAGCCCUGGGAGAUCUGUUUGCUGGUGGCUUUCCAGUUUUACGACCGGCAGGCCAGAGGGAUGCAGCAGGUGGCAAGGCGGGCCAGGGCCCUGGCUCCCGAGCGCCUUCCCCACGGCUUCCCACCAAGAUUCUCAGCGGCCCGUUCAACCCCCCAGCGUCUCCCAGGCUAGGCAACGCCUCUGAGGGGCACGGCGCGGCCAGGGCGGUCCCUCCUCGCCCCAGCAUGCCCGCCCCACCUCCCCCCACGCCGCCCCCGCCGCCCCCGCCCCCGCCCCUGCCCCCGUCCUCCCCCGUCAAAGCUCCGCUGGUGUCCCCACCCGGCCCACCGACCAAAGGGAGCCCCCCGGUGGUUCCACCGCCUCUGCUCUGCACGCCGCCCCCGCCGCCCCCGCCGCCCCCGCCGCCCCCGGCCUUGGGUCCCAGUGACAAGGCAGCGAAGCCUCAGCUAGCCCCCUUGCACCUACCGCCCAUCCCGCCCCCGCUCCCGCUCCUCCCUCCCUGUGGGCACCCCGGGCUCAACGCGGAUGCUGCCAGCCCGGCCCAAGAUGUGCGGGAGCCUCCCGCCCCGCCGCCCCCGCCUCCUCCACCCCCCCUUUACGCCUCAUGCACCCCCAGAUCCUCUUUGCCUGCGCCCCCUUUGCCAAGUGCUAACAGCAGCUGUGAAGUCCCACCCCCGCUGCCCCCCAAGUCCCCUAGCUUCCAGGCCCAGCCACCCAAGCCCAGCGGGCAGGCCUUGCCGGCGCCGCCCGCCCCUCCGGGAUCUCAGCCGUUCCUGCAGAAGAAGAGGCCGGGCCGAGGCCCCGGAACCGGUGGGGGAAAACUCAACCCACCCCCAGCACCCCCUGCGAGGUCACCCACCACUGAGCUUUCCAGCAGGAGCCAGCAGGCCCCAGCCUGGACCCCGACCCAGCAGCCUGGAGGUCAGCUGCGGAAUGGAAACCUGAACAUCAUUGAUGACUUUGAAUCUAAAUUCACGUUCCACUCCAUGGAAGAUUUUCCUCCUCCGGAUGAGUAUAAAGCAUGCCAGAAGAUUUACCCCAGCAAGAUCCCCAGAAGCCACACACCUGGUCCCUGGCUCCACGCCGAGGCGGGCGGGCAGAGCUCUGAUGACAUCAAAGGCAGAAACGCUCAGUUAGCCCUUAAGACGCUCCGGUGAGAAGACGGAUGAAGCCAGCGUCCCGUGGGCCAUCUGGAAGUCCACAUGGCAGGGUGGGCAUCCCCAGGAGGACCUCAGGCCUCACCACUCUCAAGUCGUAGUUCAGCUGACACACGGGCUCUGAAUGGAGCGUUUAUUUAUUGUAAAUACGUGUUUUGCACAGGCUUUAAAUCAGUAUUAUAGUUGA